GUCCGCCUGGGCCACGAGGGCCGGUGAGGAGAUGCUGCAGCUACUGAGAGGGGGCUGCUGGCUUGCGGUGCUGGCGCGGACCCGCUGCACAGUGCUCUUUGCAGGACCCCGCGGGGCCUCGGGCGGCCCGGGUUGCGCUCGGGACGCCACCUCCGGAGCCGGCGAGCUGCGGGGCGAGCUUGACAGAUUCGGGGGCGUCUCCGUGCGCCUGGCGCGGCUGGACGCAAUACACCGCUUGGACCCGGUCGCCUUCCAGAGGUCCUUGCAGGGCAAGUGCGCCUGGUCCGAGGCUCCCCUGCCUUUCUAAGGAAGUAACCGCGGCCCCCAACCCCGAGUCGCGCCUGAGGGAAGGAGAGAGGGCGUGCGUGACCCGCAGCCGUUUUCUGCCUUUCGUUCUUGUGCCCUUGGCUGGGAGGUCUCUGAGGCGGUUGGGUGAAAUGGUGACGAGCUCAGACUUUGGGAUCGGCAGCCCUUGUUUCUGGUCAUCUUUCUAGUGUGUGACCUUGGGCAAGUUCUGUAAACCACCGUUUUCUCAUCUGUAAAACCAGGUAAUAGGAGCUCAUGGGAUGGCUGAGAGAUAAACUGCAUAAUGCAUAUGAAGUGCCUCGCACGGUAUCUGCCACGUAUUUAACGCUCUGUAAAUCUGCAAUACAGAAAUGGAGAUCAGAAGGUAGAGUAGCAGUAUGGCUGCACAUUCCCAUCCUCCAAAGUCGAUUUAUUGCCCCUGCCGCUUCCCUGGGCUUCUGCUUUCACCACGCAGAAUCGGACUCAUCCACGCUGACUCUGUGGCUGGGAGAGGGGCCCAGCAGAUUACCAGGAUAUGCUACACAUCAAGUGGGAGUUGCAGGAGCUGUAUUUGAUGAAAAUACUAGAAAAAUAUUGGUUGUACAAGAUCGAAAUAAAUUGAAAAAUACGUGGAAGUUUCCAGGAGGCCUGUCAGAGCCUGGAGAAGAUAUUGGAGAUACAGCAGUUCGAGAAGUUUUUGAAGAGACUGGUAUAAAGUCAGAAUUCAGGUCCCUCCUGAGUAUUCGGCAACAGCACACCCAUCCUGGAGCUUUUGGAAAGUCAGAUAUGUAUAUUAUCUGCCGCCUAAAGCCAUAUUCAUUCACCAUAAAUUUUUGCCAGCGUGAAUGCUUAAGGUGUGAGUGGAUGGAUCUCAGUGACCUAGUCAAGACUGAAAAUACAACUCCGAUCACCAGCAGAGUUGCUAGGCUGCUGCUGUAUGGAUACAGAGAAGGGUUUGACCAGAUUGAUCUGACCAUGGAAGAACUUCCAGCAGUUUACACAGGCUUGUUCUAUAAAAUCUAUCACAAGGAACUGCCAGACAGUUAUAAAACUAUGACAGGCAUGGAUUAAAUUUAUAUUUACAUGGUUUUAAAAUGUUUAAGUAAAUUGUACCUGUAGAUUAAUGUGUGCCAUGUUAUAAGAAGUAGUGGGCAUUUGGGUUAACUAAAUAUCUGACUUAAAUGUCUAUGAUUUCCAUGAAGAAAACUUGUUUGUACGUAUGCGCAUUUUAAAAGCCUCUUUUCAAAUGAAGCAAAUGUAUGAAAAAGAUUGUAGCUAUAAGUAAGCUUCACUGGAUAAAGGCAAAUUCUAUAUAAAAAGUGGAAGUCUAUGCAUAUUCCAGGAA